UUUUUUAAAAUUUUUUUUCUAAAUUUGUAUAUAUUUAAAUAAAAAUUGAAAAUGAUUGGAUUAAGCUGUGCCUUAAGACGCAACGUAUUGGGUCAUGUGAAUAAGCAGCUUCAGGUGGCGACUGCGGUGCGUUUUAAGUCAAAGAAAUGUGAUAAGAAAGUCGAGAAGAGUAAGUGCAAAGGGCGCUUUGAUAAUUUCCCAUGUGGCCGACCAAAAAGUAUGAUGGUGAAGGAGGCAAAGGUCAAUGAAAAGAAGAUGACAAAGCCGCCAUCGAUUUGGCUUAAUCCUUUCUGUGACGAGGAUGCACCCUAUUGUCCGUUCAAUCCUCGAUUCGAUGAUAUCUACUACGUCGAGUCGGAUAAGGCCAAGCGCAAGUAUUGGCAGACCUGGGUCUCCUGUCCCCCAAUGCAGAUCAAGAAGAAGAAGAUCUGCUGCUUUGAGAAGGUCAAGAGUGCGCCACACAGACGCCGUACCCACCGCAAACCAAAGACGGCCUGCCCACCACCGGUUAAUUGCAAGGUCGAAAGAAAAUUGGCCUGCCCACGAUUCAAGCGUCGUUGCCAUCGGGCCGGACGCAUUCCUCCGCAUUGUGUGAAGACCAAGAGACCACUGAUGUGCACCAAGCCGUUGACACCCUACCCUGCCUUCUCCGAGUGCGUUCGCAUGAAGCCAAAUGCGCUGCCAUUAAGUGAAUGCAUUUGCUGGAAGAAGCCAAUGAUUUGUGAAGCCUGGGCAGAGUGGCGACGCCGUUCCAUGAAUAAAAUGAUGAAAGUAUAGGUUAUUGCGAAAUGUGAAAUAAGAGGAUUUGUUCUUAUAUCUGACGAUCAAAAAUAUAUAUUUUUAUAUUUUUGUUAAUGGAAGAGAAAA